GGUGUUUAUGUAUGCGAGACAGGUAGACAACAUUGCUUUCGUGAUGAAUUGUGGCAACAAUGUUCAAUGCAUCACAGAAAUACAGUUGCUUAGAUUUGUAUGGCAUAAUUGCAUUAUCAAAAAACAUAGAGUAAGACAAGUGACAACACAGCCCAGACCAGGCAUGAGACAGUUUUGCCCUUUAAUAUGGAUUCAGUGGGAGUGAAUGUUAUUGAAACUGCAGCUCUGGGGAGACCCUUCCAGCUAGGGAUGCUGUAUGACUGCAGAAAAGAUGCGCUAAUACCAGGAAUCACCCUAUGGGAUAAAGAGCAGCUGCAGCAGAGUAUACGGGAUCGUCCUCAAAUUAAUACAGUCUUCAAUGUUACAGCUUCAGACUCCAUUGAGGAAAAAUCUCACUUACUGAACAUUGAUGGCUGUCUUAAAUUAAACCUUUUAAGUGGACUCAUCAAUGUAAGUGGAGCAGCCAAGUAUCUCAGUGACACCAAGAAGUCAUUCAAACAGCAGAGACUGACCCUGCAUUAUCAUUCAACCACCAAGUUUGAAGAACUGACCAUGAACCACCUGGCUUCUGGAAAUAUAGCUCACCAUGAAGUGUUUGAUAAUGAUUCAGCCACACAUGUGGUGACAGCUGUGCUGUAUGGGGCAGAUGCUUGCUUUGUUUUCGAUAGAGAAGUUGCAUCAGAUGAAGACAAAAGCACAGUAGAAGGAGAAUUAAAAGCUGCCUUUGAUAAACUAAAGGGCAUUUCAGUGGGCGCACAGAUUGAUCUGAACUUGAAUGACAAGCAGAAGACUGCGGUUCAAAAAUUCAGUUGCAAAUUUUAUGGUGACUUCCAGUUACAAUCUAAUCCAGCCUCUUUUGAAGAUGCUCUGAACCUUUUUGCUGACCUUCCAAAACUGCUGGGAGAGAAAAAGGAACUUGCAGUUCCAUUGAGAGUGUGGCUUUAUCCCUUGGACAAACUACUUUCACAUACUGCAAAACUUCAAAAAGACAUCAGCCUAGAUCUAAUCAAACAUGUUGAAUCAGUAUUUGAGACCUUAAGUACAACUGAAAUGAAAUGCAGUGAUCUUCUGAAGGACAAACCAUCUUCGACUUUUGCAGGAUUUUGUGAUCAAAUAACGCACAUGAAGCAAAACUGCUCUAACUAUAAAUUAAGUUUCAUGAACAAAGUUGGCUCUCUGUUGCCAAAAAUCCGUGGGGAUAUAGAAAAGGAAACAGCGCUGAUUGAGCUUCUGCGUGAUCAUGAAGAAAGUCCAUUCAGAGGAAGUGAUCUUGAGCAAUGGGUGAAAGAGAAAGAGAAGGAAUCUGUCAUAAUAAAAACACUUCUCAACCAGCUGAUCGAUUUUGGAGCCACGGUGGAAGAGAAUCUAGAUACAAUUUUAAUGGAUCUGAAAGUUAAAAAUAUGGUUAGCUACACUUUCACAUCAUUUGAGUGGCCAGAUGUGCUCCUUUCUAAACAAAAGGCCUUCCUGAGUCUCUCAACAAAAGGAAACAAGGAUGAGUCUGAUUCCAAACAAAACAUUGGAUUCACUUCUGACAUCAAAAUGACUAUGAGGAGCAACUUGACUAUCUUUAAAAACUUGACUGAAUCAAAAACAUGUGAACAAGCCAAAUUUAUUGUUGCAUCAAAAGAAAUGAAAAACAACCCAGGGUCUUGCAUUCUUCUCUAUGAGAAUGGAUCUGAUGAGGCCACCUGUUUCACUCCUCCAUCAGAACCACCCUGUCCAGUCAUUGAACAGAUCAGUGGUCACAGUGUGGUUUUGAAGGUGUCUCCAGCAUGUUCUGCGACCAAAGAGCUCAGGUUACUGUACAAAAUAAAGGAAGAGAAAGACUGGAAAUCUCAGUCUGUGCUACAGAGCCAUGACACAGUUACUCUGACAGAUCUCAGUCCAGACAUGGAGUAUGAGAUGAAAUACGCAGCCGUGGGGAAGCUGAACUACACCGUUCACAGUGAUGUCAUCAGAGUUACUACACACACAACCAAUAUCAGAGAGGAGAGUACAAGGAGCAAAAUAUCUAACAAAACUAAGCUGGCUGUUCUAGUGGUGCUUCAUCGCACGUUUGACCCAGAGAAAACGGUCCCAGACAGCAGCAGAUCUGUCAAGAGGACAGACAUACUCACAGUGGACUUUCUGUUCAAUGAGGAUACAGGAUUACUGGAGUGUCAGAAGAAUUCAGAUGCAACUGACAAAGUUGAGAAAUGA